ACCCUACACCCAUAGCUAAGCCGGAGAGGACAAGGACAGAAGGCAUCAUGAGUGGGGGCCUGGUUGGAGGAAGGCCUGGGAGUCGAGGGGCACCAGUGGUCCAGCAGAACAUUCCUUCCACUCUCCUCCAGGAACAUGAGAACCAACAAAUCUUUGAGAUGCUGGGCCGGAAAUGUUGGACACUGGCCACUGCAGUUGUUCAGCUGUACCUGGCGUUGCCCCCUGGAGCCGGGCACUGGACCAUGGAACAUUGUGGAGCUGUGUGCUUUGUCAAAGAUAAUCCCCAGAAGUCUUACUUCAUCCGCCUUUAUGGCCUUCAGGCUGGCCGACUGCUCUGGGAACAGGAACUAUAUGCCCAGUUGAUCUACUUCACACCCACUCCCUUCUUCCACACCUUUGCUGGAGAUGACUGCCAGGUGGGACUGAACUUUGCAGACGAAUGUGAGGCGCAGGCCUUCCAGGCCCUGGUGCAGGAGAAGAUACAAAAAAGAAAUCAGAGGCAAAGUGGAGCCACAGACAGACGCCAGCUACCACCGCCUCCAGCACCAGCCAAUGAAGAGAGAAGAGGAGGCCUCCCACCUCUGCCCCCACAUCCAGGUGGAGACCAAGGGAGCCCACAAAGUGCCCCACUAUCACUAGGGCUGGUAACAGUGGACAUUCAGAACCCUGACAUCACCAGUUCACGAUACCGUGGGCUCCCAGCACCUGGCCCUGGCCCAACUGAUAAGAAACGCUCCGGAAAGAAGAAGAUAAGCAAAGCUGAUAUUGGUGCACCCAGUGGAUUCAAACAUGUGAGCCACGUAGGCUGGGAUCCCCAGAAUGGAUUUGAUGUGAACAACCUUGACCCAGAUCUUCGGAGCCUGUUCUCAAGGGCUGGAAUUAGCGAGGCCCAGCUCACUGACGCUGAGACCUCCAAACUUAUCUAUGACUUCAUUGAGGACCAAGGCGGGAUAGAGGCUGUGCGGCAGGAGAUGCGGCGCCAGGAGCCUCUUCCACCACCUCCCCCACCAUGCCGAGGAGGGAACCAGGCCCCCAGGCCCCCUAUGGUGGGGGGUAACAAGGGUCGUACUGGCCCAUUGCCUCCUGUACCUAUGGGAAAUGUCCCACCCCCACCAACACCCAGGGGCCCUCCACCCCCAGGCCGAGGGGGCCCUCCACCCCCCCCACCUCCAGCCACUGGACGUUCUGGACCACCACCUCCUCCACCCCCUGCUGUUGGUGGGGCAUCCAUGCCACCUCCGCCUCCUCCACCCCCACCUCCACCCUCCAUUGGAAGUGGGCCAGUCCCUCCCCCACCCCCUCCUACUCUUGGGACAGGGAGCAGCCUGGCCUCUGGUGGGGGUCGGGGGGCACUUUUGGAUCAAAUCCGGCAGGGAAUUCAGCUGAACAAGACCCCUGGAGCCGUAGAGAGCUCAGCCCAGCAGCCACCACCUCAGACCUCAGAAGGGCUGGUGGGCGCCCUGAUGCAUGUGAUGCAGAAGAGGAGCAGAGUCAUCCAUUCUUCAGUGGCACUAGGGCUGGAGAUGGAACCCAGUGACAGACUACUAAUCGACCAUGAUUGA